GUAAGAUAAUGAGUACACCACGGUCACAUUGACCUGUCGAUACCGAACAGAAACAUACAUGUAAAAAACAGACCACAUGUAUUCAAAGAAGUUUGAACGGUUCAUCUUCGGGGUUUGUACCCGCUGUUUAACAAGCGCGGUGAAUGGCACUACAACUUCAGCUCGGACUGCAGUCAGCUGGACUUCAGUACGUAAACAUCACAAGCAGUUUCUUGAGCGUCGCUCUCAAAAUGGUUUCGCGGUUGUGAGGAUUCGCCACGCCUCCAAGACCACUGUGGACCCAAAUGAGGUGAAGAGGUUCCAGCUUCUCGCCACCAAGUGGUGGAACGAGCAGGGAGACUUCGCAGCCCUCCACUCAAUGAACGACCUCAGGGUGCCUUUCAUACGGGAUAAUCUGUUGAACGCACAUGGCGGGCGGCAGCCGGGGAAACCCCUGGCAGGGCUCAGAAUACUGGAUGUAGGCUGUGGCGGGGGGCUGCUCACUGAGCCCUUGGGUAGACUGGGGGCAGAUGUGCUAGGCAUUGACCCGGUGGCAGACAGUAUUGGGACAGCGGAGGUACAUGCCUGGCAUGAUCCAGACCUGCGUGGCAAUGUGCGCUACCGUGCCAUCACUCUGGAGGAGCUCUCUGAGAAGGGGGGGAAGGGAGCGGGUCAGUUUGAUGCGGUGGUGGCCUCUGAGGUGGUGGAACAUCUGGCUGACCUGGAAACCUUCACACUCUGCUGCAACCAGGUGCUCAAGCCAGGAGGCUCUCUCUUCAUCACCACCAUCAACAAGACCCAGCUGUCGUACGCCCUGGCCAUCGUGGCAGCAGAGGAGAUGCUACGCAUCGUGCCCAGCGGAACCCAUGACUGGGAUAAGUUUGUCAGCCCCGUGGAGCUGGAGCGCCUGCUGGAGUCCAAUGGUUUCCAUGUGGAGUCUAUCCGAGGGAUGCUGUAUAACCCUCUGUCACGGGCCUGGAGCUGGACAGAGAGCACCAGCAUCAACUACGCUCUGCACGCGGUCAAACUCGAGGAGGAACCGAACCCCGACGAGGACGACCCCGAAGACCCCACCGUGAUAGUUGCCCAAGCUAAGGCCAGACGCUGGUACAACUGACUUGACCAUGGAAGAGAGAGUGGUCAUACGUGGUCAGCUGCAGCACAGAUCUUCUGAUCUCUGAAAGGAAAGGCAAUGGACCUAAAAAAAAACAAAGCUAUUGAAAGUUAUAGUUCAGUGCUUGAUACAAGUACAUGUUUUCUUUCAGCCAGGCCAUGAUUGAUUGUUCUGUGAGUUCAAGCAUAAUGAGUCCCUCUGAAUUGUGUGAACUGUUUAAGCUUUCGAGGCUUGUCAUUACAAUGCCAUCUGUUAUGGUAGAAGUGUUCAUCACCAUGGUUGACAUCUCAGGUCUCUGAUUUACUAUUGAGCAAGAUGUUUUCUUCAAGUCGAGUCACAAUGUCUGUUCAUCAAAAUCCAUCGUGUGGAUAUUGUUUGUCUUGACAUGCUUAUUAAUAAUAUCCUCCAUUAGGAAAUGAAAUAGUUUCCUUUAAGAUUCUCUGAUCUGAUGAUUAUUCCUCUAUUGUCAUUUCAACAUUGUGAAAAUAUAGUCCAAAUCAGUGA